AUGCAUUGCUUUAACUAUUUCCAUCAAAACCUUUAUUUUUAGCAGUAAUACAUCCAACAGUAGAUGCUCAUGUAUAAUCAAAUGUUAAAUGCUUAAGCCUUUCAAAAUUCACUUUACUAAUCAGCCAAUAACUAAUUACCAAAUUAAGCCGAAUUUCUAUACUCUUAACUUUCAAAAAAUGAGGAUACUCCCUUGAUUUAAGCAAAAGCCAGCAUUCCUGUGAAAAAAAAAAUUAUUAGAGCUCCUAAAAAAUAAUUGGAGCAAGUGAAUGACCAAAAUAAACCAUAGAAGAAGAAAGUGUUUCUUUCAAUGUUGGACAUUAAAGAAGUGUAAUAUAAAAAAUGCAAGUGUUCUAAUGAGGAAGUUUUAUAAAAGAAUACAACUUCAUCAAAUGAAGUGAAUGAGUGA